UGGACAGGCAGUGGACAGUGGACAGUGGACAGGACAUCUGUUGGAGUGGGAAUACAAGGGCUACCUAGUGGAGGGACAACUAGGGAGAUAAUUGAAGUAUUUUGUUCAGGGCAGGGUGGCACAUAAACAAUAUGGAGUUUCAAAAAGCCUCCCUCAGAACGGGGACCUCCCGCUACACGGAGACCGUGGAACAGGAACAGAUUCAAAAGAGGACCUUCACCAACUGGAUCAAUGCCCAGCUUUCCAAGAGGACACCUCCAUCCGUGGUCCUGGACCUGUUUACGGACCUGCAGGACGGGAUGCGACUCCUGGACCUCCUGGAAGUGAUGAGCGGCCAGAGCAUGAGACGAGAGAGGGGCCAUGGUGUGUUCCAACACAGGGGCAACAUCGAGACGGCUUUGAACUUCUUGAAGAGUAAAUCGGUCAAGCUGGUGAACAUCAACAUCCCUGAUCUCAUUGAGGGCAGACCAUCCAUUGUGCUCGGCCUCAUCUGGACCAUCAUCCUGCACUGCCAUAUUGAGGAGCUGGCCAGCACCCUGUCGUUCGGCUCCAGGCAGUCCUCCCUGGAGUCCCUGGCCAGCCUGGACUCCCUCCCCAGCUCCACCUGCAGCAGCCCAGUUCUGGGGGGCAGCCCAGUCCCCCGAGGCAGGAGCUCCCCCCUCCACGCCCGCUUCCGCCUCUCGGCCAAGAAGGCCCUGCUGCUGUGGGUCAGGGACCAGUGCCACAAGGUUGGCUGCUCCAUCAGUGUUAAAGACUUUAAGUCCAGCUGGAGAAGUGGCCUGGCCUUCCUGGCCAUCCUGUGCUCGCUGAGGCCUGACCUGGUGGACCUGCGCCUGGCCCAGAGCCGCAGCAGCCUGCAGAACCUGGAGGAGGCCUUCCGGCUGGCCGAGCAGGAGCUCCACAUCCCCCGACUCCUGGAGCCCGAGGACAUGGAUGUGAGUGACCCUGAUGAGAAGUCCAUCAUGACCUACGUAGCCCAGUUCCUCCAGUACUCCAACGACUCGCCCUCGCCUGACGACGACCUGCAGCUACCCGCUGCACCCUCUCCCACCUGUCUCUCCCCUGUCAACCUGCCUUCCUAUUUCACGCCGGCUGUCACGGCCUCCCCCCUGCACCAGGCUUCACCCAGUCAGAAGGCUCGAGAGAUGGCCUGCUGGCUGCAACGAGCCCAUCAGGAGCUAGAGGAGAUGUGGUCUUCUACUGCAGGGGCGGGAUAUGCAGAAAGGUACCAGGCUUUCCAGGCGUUCGUCUCCACCUUCUAUGAACAGAGGAGGCCGGUGAUCCCUGUGCUGAGUGCCAUUAAGCGAAGCCCCAGAGCCAGCAGGGAGCAGAUCGCCCUCAGACUAGCCUGGAGCACCCUGGAGCAGAAGCUGCAUCAGUAUAACACAGAGCUGGAUGUGUGUCUGCCUGCUCCACUGGACACACUGGGCCGGUGGUUGCAGCGAGUGGAGGCGGUGCUAGCUGAGGAGGGCGGGGCUGCAAAAGACCACUCCCAUGCUGCCAGGGAAGCCAGAGAGAAACAGGAACAGCUCAAGGUGCUUGUUCAGGAUAUGGGGCGUCACCUGAACACCCUGCAUGUCUUCUCCAACGCCAGCCCCAAUGAAGCCACAUGGGUGCCCCCGGAUAAGCUGGACGAGCUGAGGAGACGGUUCACCAACGCCAGAGUGACGGCUAAGUACUACGGCAUCAAGCUGGAGUACCGUGAGCAGCGACACACGGUCUACGAGCUGCUGGGCCAGCUCAACGCCAAGCUGAAGGCCUGGAAGGGCCCCUACAGCUCCCAGGACUCGGUGCGCUCCCUCCUGCAGGACUGGCACGAGACUGUGGACAAACAGUGCCUGGUGUCCAUGCUGAAGGCUGCCGUGCAUAAACUGAAGCAGACAGCCAGCACCUACACAAGCAAGGCUGCCCUUGCGGACGAUGCCCAGAUGGUGAGUCGGCAGGUGAAGGAGGUUGAGGCGGAGGUGUUCACGAGUGCGGAGCGUGUGAUGACGGUGCGAGGCACCAUGGGCCGUGUGCUGGCUGCCUGGGAGUCCUACAGAGACUGCCUCUUCUCCAUGCAGGUCUGGCUGGGCCAACAGACAGACUCUACAGAGGCCACAGACUCCACAGGGAAGGAGGACAGCCUGCGUGAGUGGAGUGGCCUCCACGCUCACCUGAACGAGGUGGGAAACUACCUGAUCGAGUCCACGGACGACUCCACCAGCUACGGCCUGGCAGACGAGCUGUGCAAGGUCAACAUGCAGUGGGCUGACUUGGUCAAACGCACUCGAUUUGCCAUGGCUCCGACUGGCCCCUCUGUCCCUGCCUGUGCCCAGGCUGCCCAGGCUCUGGUGGAGGAGGCAGGCUGGCUGGCCAGGGAGCCCGUGGAGGUGUCUUCUGGAGCUCUGCGCACCUACAGGAAGAGGCUGCAGGUGAUGCUGAAGAAGAUCACAGAGGUGGAUCUGGAGGUGUUGGCCCAAUCCCCAGACUGCUCCGCAGAGACUCUGGAGAAUCUGAAACAAACUCUUCCUAAGCUAUGUGAGUCUCUGGGCAAGGUUCAACAGGCGUGUGAGCUGGUGCAGCGGGCGGCGUCUCUGCUGGAGGGCCGGCUGGCGGAGCUGGGGCACUGGGGCACGGAGGUCUCGGAGGCCCUGGACACCCUCAGGGAGUGGGAGCGCAGGGGACACCCAGGCCUGCGCCCCAGAGUCAAAACGCAGAUCUCCCGUGGGCUGCAGCUGGAGGGCCAGGUGGUGACUGCGGAUCAGGAGCUGCAGGCUGCAGUGGCCUCGUCGCAGCAGAGCUCCAAACUGCCCUACCUCAGCAUCUCUGCCCUGCAGGACCGCGUCAAAGAGGCCGUUGCCCAGUCCAAGGAUGCAAUGAGGAUGCUCAGCCGCCUGGAAGUGAAAAGGGAGGGGGGAGCCACCAGGGGUCAACCCCCACCCAAGGUCAUCAUCCGGGCACAGAGCCAGCCGGAUCUCUCCCACUCUCCAAAAACCCAUCUUCUUCAGGCCCAGAGCCUGCCUCAGAUCUCUGCAGAGGAGGAUGAGGAGGGUGAGGAGGCUGCAUUGGGCAUGGUCCAGAUGAGUCCAAAUCAGGUCCAUAGCGAUGUUAAUCAGUCCAAGGUCCAUAUGGGUCCAAAUCAGGCCCGUGCGGACGAUCGCUCCAUGAUGUCAUCUCAGGGUGCAGUUGGUGACCUCCAACAUCCACCCAGCAGCCCCGCUAGUGUACCAAAGUCUCCCCAGACACCUCUGACCCCACAGCCUCACACUCUUCCACAAACCCCGAGCCCCCAGACUAGAGUCCGCACCCCACGGACCCGGCAGAGGCCGAAGGGCUCGGGUAGGGCAGAGGGUCCCCCCAAGCCCCCAGGCCAGAACGAGGUCUACCUGAAGGCCCGCUCACUCGCCCGGAGCAGGUUGGAGGGAGCCAAACAUCGCCUGCAGAAGCACAUCCAGGAGGCCAUCGCCGUCUUCAGCGACAGGACCCUCUCAGAGAAGCAAGCCAAGAAGAAACAGGACACACUGAAGACGCUAAAUCCUGCUUUCCUUGAAGAGUUCCUCGGGUCCGUUGAAGGCAUGGCUUCCUUCUGCUCCGAAGCCCAGCUCAGAGAGAUGGAGCUGCUCGCCCUGUCCGUGCGCGGCCAAUGGGAGACAUGUGUUGGUGUGGUUGACUCUGAGGGGCGACUGAGAGCCCUGAAGGGGCUGAGGGACACUCUGGGACCCCCUGAGCCUCUCGUUCGGGCCACCACCUGCGGAAAGGAGAAGGACGGCAGGCUGGAGGUGGUCCAGCCUCACAGCGACAGAAGCAGGGAAACAGCGCCCCCGUCUGACGGGUAA